UGCAGAAAUUAUGCCCCUUCUGUCACCAUGAGCUGGCUCUCCAAUUCGCAGGGAGUUGUGCUGACUGCCUACCACCCCAGCGGCAAGGACCAGGUCGUGGGGGGCAGCCAUGCCAAAGGAGGGGAGGAAGCCACCUCCAGUCGUAGAUACGGCCAGUACACGAUGAACGAGGAAAACACAACCAAAGUUACAGAGAAGCCACCAUUUGAUCGAUCAAAUUCCCAGUAUUCUUUGGAUGAAUUAUCUAUGGAAGACUAUUGGACAGAACUAGAAAAUAUCAAGAAAUCUAGUGAGAAUAGACAAGAAGAUCAAGAGGUGGUUGUCGUCAAAGAGCCUGAUGAGGGAGAAUUGGAAGAAGAAUGGCUAAAGGAGGCCGGUUUGUCCAAUCUCUUCGGAGAGUCUGCUGGUGAUUCCCAAGAAAGCAUGGUGUUUUUAUCAACAUUGACUCGGACCCAGGCAGCAGCUGUUCAGAAAAGGGUAGAGACAGUCUCCCAGACCUUGAGAAAGAAAAACAAACAGUACCAGAUUCCUGACGUCAGAGACAUAUUUGCUCAACAGAUAGAGUCAAAGGAAAAGGCUCCAGAUGGCACUGAAUCUCAGUCAGUCAGAACAAAUGAAAACAAACACCAAGGAGAAGAUGACCAAGCAUCUAGCUUUCUUGUUGAUAAAAAGGAACUGAGCCCACUGGUGCCUGAGGAGCCAACCGCCUCUGAAACAGACAUCAACUUGGAGGUCUCAUUUGCAGAGCAAGCUGUCAAUCAGAAAGAGAGCUCAAAGGAUAGGACACAGAAGAGCAAAGGGAAUGAUGCCCAGUUACCGGUACGUAACUUAACUAUUCAGAUGUCACUAGAUAUAAGUAGAUCAUAUUUUUCAUCAGCUUUUUAUUUUGAAAAUUUAAUAACAUUAAAGAGCUUGACUGCUCUAUUGAGGGAAGUGAAGAAAUUUCAUUUUCUUUUUGCAGAUUCUGGCCUUUUUGGUGUUCCAUUGACAGUAUUGCUAGAACAGGAUCAGAGAAAAGUACCAGGAACUCGAAUACCCUUGAUCUUUCAAAAACUGAUUUCUCAAAUUGAAGAGGGAGGUUUGGAAACUGAAGGCCUCUUACGAAUACCUGGAGCUGCUGUUAGAAUCAAGAAUCUUUGCCAAGAACUUGAAGCAAAGUUUUAUGAAGGGAUUUUUAAUUGGGAAAGUGUCAAGCAGCACGAUGCAGCCAGCCUCCUGAAGCUCUUCAUCCGGGAGCUACCUCAGCCGUUGCUCAGUGCAGAAUAUCUGAAAGCCUUUCAGGCUGUCCAAGAUCUUCCAACCAAGAAGCAACAACUACAGGCUUUGAAUCUCCUUGUCAUCCUCCUACCUGAUGCAAACAGGGACACACUGAAGGCUCUGCUUGAAUUUCUUCAAAGAGUAAUAGACAAUAAAGAGAAAAAUAAAAUGACAAUCAUGAAUGUAGCAAUGGUCAUGGCCCCCAAUCUCUUUAUGUGUCAUGCAUUGGGUUUGAAGUCCAGCGAACAGCGAGAAUUUGUAAUGGCAGCUGGUACAGCUAAUAUCAUGCAUUUAUUGAUUAAGUAUCAAAAACUUCUGUGGACAAUUCCCAAGUUUAUUGUAAACCAAGUGAGGAAGCAAAACACCGAAAAUCAUAAGAAAGAUAAAAAAGCCAUGAAAAAAUUGCUGAAGAAAAUGGCUUAUGACCGAGAAAAAUAUGAAAAGCAGGAUAAGAAUCCAAACGAUGCUGACGUUCCUCAGGGAGUGAUUCGAGUGCAAGCUCCCCAUCUUUCGAAAGUUUCCAUGGCAAUACAGCUAACUGAAGAACUGAAAGCCAGUGAUGUUCUUGCCAGGUUUCUCAGCCAAGAAAGUGGGGUUGCCCAGACUCUCAAGAAAGGGGAAGUUUUUUUGUAUGAAAUUGGAGGAAAUAUUGGGGAACGCUGCCUUGAUGAUGACACUUACAUGAAGGACUUAUAUCAGCUCAACCCAAAUGCUGAGUGGGUUAUAAAGUCAAAGCCAUCAUAGAAGACUUAACAAGUUGCCGGUAACCAUGAGGAAUUACUUAAUAAUACUUGCUGGGUCAAGAGUGUAAAUAAAAGAAAUGGCAGGACCUGCAGGACUCGUUUAUUGUUCAAAUAUACCCCGCUAUUAAAACAUGACACCCAAGCCUUAAAAAAUUAUAGCUUUGUGCUGCUGCCAGAAUUGCCAGUUUUAUUAUUAUUAAUAUUAUUAUUAUUAGAACACCUGUAUCUCUGGAGUAAGAGAAAAGGGACUUAAUUGGCUUUUGGACUAUUGUACUCUGUGAAAUGUGCCCAGAUGUGACAUUGUUUUUUCCUCAUUUGAAAAUAAACUCUCUUCCCUCUCACUUUUUUCCAAAAUCAUAUAUGCUAUAAUAUAUGCUCUGUCACCUAUCUCUCCUGCUCAUAGCUCCCUUCCACCAAUUAGGUUUGCUUCAACCAAAAGGACUUCCUUGUGAUAACAAAUAUCAGGUAUGGCAGGCUGUUAAGCCAGCACAUCUUAAAGUAUGUGGAAUUCAAUAGUAUUCCUGUCACUAUAGAAUGUUAAUGUUCAUCUCUUUGAAGCAUUUGUUCAAACAGUAACAUCCUACUUCCUCCUGCUGUCUCAUAUGAGGUGAUUUGGAUAUUUUUCAGCUCAUUUGACAUAGGUUCACAGAACUGUAACCACUAUCAAGAAAACAGAACUGUCAGAAACUGCCAAUUAUUACUGAACCAUAAAAUACUUAUAUACUAAGAAUAAAUAAAAUAUCUGUGGAAUAACUGGAUUAUGGAUUUUAAGAAAGUGAAAGCCAAAUCACUUAGUGUAUGCUGUACUCUUCUCAAUGGAAUUUAAAAAGUCGUAGCUGGCUUUACCGAUUGUCAUAUUAGCUCUAUAAAUAUGCAUCAUAGUAUAAUUCAGUCGUGGUUAGAAGAUUUAUUCUACUU